AUGGCCUGGGCCAUCCUUACGCUUGGUGUUCACGCACAGUCGGACUCUGAAGCGGAAGAGACAAUCAGCGCUUCUACCACAGAAUCCUCACCUGCUACGACGAGGGCACCGAGCCGGAGCGUGGCGACCUCUUCCUCUAGCAGAGACCCUCAGACCAUCACCAUUGCCGUCGGCGCUUCUGGCCAUCGGUUCACAGAAGACGAGGUGACAGCAGAGAUUGGUGACACGAUCGCAAACCACUCAGUCAUCCGAGCAGAGUAUGGCUACCCUUGCACGCCGUAUGAAUACAUCGAUAUCGGCAGACAAGGGUUUUACAGUGGCCCUAAGCCUGUCGCUGCCAUCACCAAUGAUAACUCAACGUUCACGCUGGAAGGACAGCAAGACGCACUCGAGGGGUUGACGUACCAAAUCCUCCCUGGCGAACCGUUCCCCGGUGAAGAUGAUUCAAGCCCGCCGGGCACAUCGGGCACACCAUCACCCAACGGCAAUGAUUCUGGCGGAGCAUCUGGCUCCAACGAAGGCUCCGGUUCGGGUGGAGGAGGCUCGGAUCUCAGCGCUGGCGCCAUUGCAGGCAUAGUCAUCGGCGCGUCGCCGUGCUCAUCAUUGGCGCGCACUCAUUUGUUCUGCGGCAGGCGCGGCGGCCUCGACAAGGCGCAACGACGAGACACUUAUCAAGCGCCCCCACCGCCUGUCAGUGAGGCCAACUUCAUGACAACACCAAAGAGCCCAGGAUCCGACAGCCGUUGGAGCGCGGCGCAAUGGAGCACGCAACCGCCGUCGUCUGAACCCUAUCGAGACCAGCACAGCCCGCCGGCCAUGAUGUCAAACAGUCCCGCCACCGUGGGCUCACAGCCGGCGCAUGGCUAUGGCUAUGGUGGGCACGGCAUGGAGAACCCGCACGCCUCGUAUAUGUCUGACCCGCGUAUGAGCCAACAGGGUUCACCGCCGCCCGGCAUGGUAUACUCACCCAGCUUCAACCAGCCUCCGAGCCAAGCCCCCGUGGAGCUGCCGACACCAGGAAACCCGACGAGCGCGCCACCCUCGUACCCUAACAAGCCCAUCUGA